AUGAAUCACUGUCUGUGUGUGCUGGCUGCGGGUCUUUACCUGUACAUGCAAUGUCACGUAAAUGCAGAAUCUCGUUUGAGCAGGAGUGUUAUUGAGAAAGCUGUGGUUGCGGCCAAGGCCACUGUGGACAAUACGUAUGCAUAUUCCCGAAAAGAGAGCAUCGCCCGUGUGAGGAGGAAUACAGCAAAUCCUUCGGACAUGCUGCUGUUGCUGAAGCAGCCAGCUGGGCUGACCCGCAUGGCAGUGCGGGCUGCAGACUACAUGGACAUCACUGUGUCACUGCUCAAGCGCUCGCUGCAAAGACGUCAAAAACGCUCCAUCAACGCCACAGAUCUGAUCUCUGAAGAAGAGCUGCAGGUCAUCGCUAAUCUGACAGGCUGCUCUCCCCAGCAUCGUGCCCCUUCCUGCAAAACCAGUCCAAACUUAGACAAGUUUCGUACUGCAAGCAGUGUCUGCAACAACAGAAAACACACUCGCUGGGGGUCAGCGAACACACCUUUCAUCCGCUGGCUUCCUGCUGAGUACCAGGAUGAAAUCUCUCUGCCCAAAGGAUGGGACCCUAAGCAGAAGAUCAACAACCAUUUGCUGCCAUUGGUGAGAGACGUCUCCAACCAUAUUAUGAACACAGCUAAUGCUGAUGUGGAGAGUGACCCAUUGUACACUUUCCUGGUGACAAUCUUUGGCCAAUGGACCGACCACGACCUGACCUUCACUCCUCACUCUCCUUCCAUCAGCUCAUUUAGUAAAGGUAUCAACUGUGACAAGAGCUGCGAACGCACAGAACCCUGUUUCCCCAUCAAGAUCCCCAGUGGAGACCCCCGCUUCGGCAACCACUCAGAGAAAUGCAUGCCCUUCUUUCGCUCAGCAGCAGGUUGUGGUUCUGGCAACACAGGUCACCUCUUCGGUGCCAGCAAUGUUCGUCAGCAGAUGAACGCCCUCACAGCUUUCAUUGACUUGGGCCAGGUGUACGGUUCAGAUCAUACCAAAGCUCGCUUCCUUCGUAAAGAGGGCGGCCUUCUAAGGGUCAACACAAAGCACAAAGACAAUGGCCGCGAGCUCCUGCCGUUCGCCGCCGCAGGUGCCAACAUGUGCGCGACACGAACCCGCAUUACUGGCAACGUCAGUGCUGAGGAGGUGCCCUGCUUUGUGGCUGGUGAUGAGCGCUCCAAUGAGAACAUCGCUCUGACCUCUCUGCACACACUGUUGAUGCGUGAGCACAACCGUCUGGUACGUGCCCUGGAGAAACUCAACCCUCACUGGGACGGAGAGAGACUCUACCAGGAGGCCCGCAAGAUCAACGGAGCAUACUCUCAGGUUCUCACAUACAGAGACUACUUGCUCCACAUUGUAGGUCCAGACUUUAUUGCCAAGCAGCUGUCCACCUACCCUGGUUAUGAUGAACAUGUGGACCCCAGCAUCUCCAAUGUGUUUGCCACCGCUGCCUACAGAUUUGCUCACCUGAUGGUUCAGCCAUUUAUUAACCGUCUUGAUGAGAAAUACAAGGAGCACCCUGUUUUUCCCGACGUGCUACUGCACAAAGCCUUCUUCACACCAUGGAGGCUGAUCUUUGAAGGUGGUUUGGACCCAAUCCUGCGGGGACUAAUGGGCCGCCCAGCCAAGCUGGCUACACAGAAGCACAUGAUGCCUGAGGAGCUCACAAACAAGUUGUUCAAGUUCUCUGGUGAUUUGGCGCUUGAUCUGGCUGCUCUUAAUUUGCAGAGAGGCAGAGACCAUGGACUCCCAGGAUACAACAAAUGGCGCAAACACUGCGGGCUCUCGCAACCAAAAAAUCUGACAGAGCUGGCAAGUGUUUUGAACAACACAGAAGUAGCCAAGAAACUUCUGUAUCUCUAUCACACACCUGACAACAUCGACGUGUGGAUAGGAGGAGUGGCUGAGCCGUUUGUCCGUGGUGGUAGAGUGGGACCCCUCUUUGCCUGCCUAAUUGCAACUCAGUUCCAGAAGAUCCGCCAGGGAGACCGACUUUGGUGGGAGAACAAAGGAGUCUUCACCGACGCUCAGAAGGCGCCCCUGAGGGAAACAUCACUCGCCCGCAUCAUCUGUGACAACACUGGUAUCACUGAAUUACCUAAAAGACCCUUCCAGUACCGGCCUCGUGGGUCAGGAUACACUCAGUGCAGCGACAUCCCAGCCUUUGACCUCAGCCCUUGGAGAGAGCAUGGUGAGUUGAGUCCCCUCGGAGUCCCAGCCACCCCUAAACCCACUACACCCACUACACCCCAACGCCCUCACAUUGGCAACAAUGUUGCCUUCUCUAUGCGACUGGGCAACAGUUUUCCUGAAGCUGGCAUGCCAAUUCCAUUUCAAGAGGUAGUCUACAAUGGACAGAAUAGCUAUGAUGUGUCGACAGGGUAUUUUACCUGUGAGCAACCAGGUGUUUAUGAGUUCCAGUUCCACUGCACAAUCUUCAGGAAAGCUGCCAGCAUAGAUCUGAUGCGUAACGGAGAUCUGAUUGUGCACUCAUUCACCACCCGGCAAAACAACCGCAUCACAGCAAGUGGCAACGCGUAUAUUAAGCUUGUGAAGGGAGACGAGGUCUAUCUGGUGGCCAACCAUGGUGACAAUGGUCUGACCAGUGACAGCUUCUUUUCAGGGCAUCUUCUGUUCACUGAGACUGCUGACACAUCUGCUCCUUGA